UUCUAGGAGUACCAGAUUAUUUUUUAGACGUUUCAAUGCCGUGUCUUGACCGACUUGUUUGGCAACCAGAUAACUACAAAACUUCAUUCACUUGCUGCUGAUUUUCCGUUUUCGUGGCGUUGUUACUCAAAAUUCAUGAAUAUCCGUGAAGCUUCCACCAAUCUACCGACUACUUAACGUUUUACAGAUUUCGAUCAUAUUUGUUCACACCUCUGCAGCAAAGUCAUACUUGUUCUCCGAUUCAAAUUUACAAUAUAAAUUAGGUUUUCAUUUCAGCUGUGAAAUUUUGCGUUAAUAUUCUCACAAAUCGCUUUCGAGAAAUUGUUAUCUGAAGAAGUAUAUUGUAUAUAUCUGGUUAAUCAAUGGGAGGCAGUAGUUCAAGGGAAGAAAGGGCGAGAUAUAGGCAUUCGUCGUCAUCGUUGUUUCAAUCGAGUUCAUCGUUUUCUGGAAAUCAGUUAUCCAGUUAUCCGCCUCAACCGUCUUAUUCGUUUCCGGCACAAGGAGAUUUGAAUUAUAAUUAUCCUGUUCAGGAUGAUGCUAUUAGUUCUGCAUAUGGAUCUCAACCUUAUAGGCCACAGAAGAAGUUUGAGAAGAGGUAUUCAACAAUUGCAGAUAGUUACACUUCUUUAGAACAGGUGACUGAGGCGCUUGCACGUGCGGGGCUCGAGUCUUCUAACCUCAUUGUUGGCAUUGAUUUCACUAAGAGCAAUGAAUGGACAGGUUCAAGAUCUUUCCAUAGGAAAAGCUUGCAUCAUAUUGGAGAUGGUUUUAAUCCCUAUGAACAGGCUAUAUCUAUCAUUGGGAAAACAUUAGCAGCUUUUGAUGAGGAUAAUUUGAUUCCAUGUUAUGGGUUUGGAGAUGCAUCAACACAUGAUCAAGAUGUAUUCAGCUUUUAUCCCGAAGAUAGAUUCUGUAACGGAUUUGAGGAUGUCCUAAGUAGAUACAGAGAAAUUGUCCCGAAUCUAAUUCUUUCAGGACCAACAUCGUUUGCCCCAGUCAUUGAACAGGCUAUGACAAUUGUUGAACAAAGUGGGGGCCAAUAUCAUGUGCUAUUAAUAAUCGCCGAUGGGCAGGUAACAAGAAGUGUGGAUACUGAGCGCGGUCAGUUAAGUCCACAAGAACAAAAAACAGUAGAUGCCAUAGUUGAAGCAAGCAAGCUUCCACUCUCUAUCGUAUUAGUUGGGGUUGGAGACGGGCCUUGGGACAUGAUGAAAGAAUUCGACGAUAACAUCCCUGAUCGCGACUUUGAUAAUUUCCAGUUUGUCAAUUUCACAGAAAUCAUGUCAAAGAAUGUACCUUUAAUUCGAAAAGAGACCGAAUUUGCUCUUUCAGCAUUGAUGGAAAUCCCUUCUCAAUAUAAAGCAACGAUUGAACUUAAUUUACUAGGUAGUAGGAAAGGAAAUUCUCCCCAAAGGGUUGCCCUUCCUCCUCCAAUUCGUGCACCAUUCUCCUAUAGCAGCCCGAAACCGUCACAUUCUACCAGUUUUCAAAAGGGUUCACAGUCUUAUUAUGGCCAUACCAGUCCUGUUCAUUCUGUUCCGGUUUAUCCCCAUAGUCAAAGUAUUCCAGAUCACACAUCAGCAGCAAUUUCAAAAUCUACAUAUGACAACCAGCUAUGCCCCAUUUGCCUUACUAACGUCAAAAACAUGGCCUUUGGUUGUGGACAUCAGACGUGUUAUGAGUGCGGAGAAACACUUGAGCUAUGCCCGAUUUGCCGGAGUUCAAUCCAAACUAGAAUAAAGCUUUACUAAGCAUUGAUUAGUUAUUUUUAAAGUAUUUUUUGGUACAGAAUAUGAUUUAUUUUAGCAAUUAGUUUACAUUCUUUGGUUUAAAAAAUGUUUGUUCUUUUUUUUUUUUUUUGUGGGAGUCAUUUAGGCUUAUUUUGAGUGAUGUAUGAAAGUAUUAAAAAUUGAUGUAAAUGGUUGGAAAUUUUGAAAAAAAUAUUAUGUGAAUGGAACUAUAGAAGUGAGUUGUUUUGGAUAUGUUUUGUAGAUUGGAGGGUUGCAAAUGAACUUA